ACUCUAGACGACAGCUACUUGAACUUAAAACAGUCUCGGCUCCACGUUGUUAACAAGCUAAAAACUGGGCUUUAAAAAAGUUUGCCUUUCAAAUGGAAUAUAAAAUGGAUGCACAUCGGAUAAUGAGCAUAUCCCUGGGGAAGAUUUACAAUUCCAGGGUGCAGCGAGGCGGAAUCAAACUGCACAAAAAUCUACUGGUAUCUCUGGUUCUACGGAGCGCCCGGGAGGUUUGCUUCAGUGGCUACUGCGGCGACGUCUCUCCGAGCGCCCCGCACUUCGGAGAGACGGAGCGGGAAGAGCUGACAAAAGAGUCGGACCAGGACGAACUGGUCGUAUCUGAGCCCUCAGAAGACUGCGGUGAGUUACCCCCAUAUUCAGGCAGCCGCCAAGACGAAUACCCAAGAGGGGAAACGACGGCCCGGGCGCAACAGAGCGCCGGGAAAGAUGCAUCAGAUUCGGAUUAUAGCUGCAGAGCGACUCGGAGUAUGGACAAGGAGGAUCCAUCCACUUCCACGGACUCUCCAGUUUCCACGUACGAUCUGCUAACUGCUAACCAGGCUUCACCGAAAAGUAUGGUGGCAGACGCGCCUCUUAGCGUAACUGUUGUAGAUGGGUGUCGGGGAGAGUGCCAGGAGGCGGGCGACAGCAGCUGUGGGACGGACGUUGUCGAGUGCCAUGUCCAAGUGCCCGAAUCGUACCGCUCGGCAUCUGAUUGCAAAUUAAAAAGAAAAAGAAACGCGGAAGAUUCGCCACGCGUGGAUUCCCCACAGAAGAAAAACAAACAGAGCUCACCCCCGACCCCGGUUAACGAGGGGGACAAUGACGAGGAAGACGAAAUGGACACAAGCAACGUGUCCAGCCUCAUCAAUAUAUUUGGUGCGGGGUUUUCAGGACUAUUGAGUAAGAAGAGCACUGAAACGGAGUCAGAAGCGGACGAAUCUGACUCAGGUUCCGGGCAAGUCUGCGGUGAUCUGGCGCUCAGUAAUCUAAACCCCUGGACUACUGCCAUUGAGGCAUUUUAGCCAACACUGAAACUACUCGAGUAAGAAUAUUUGGAGGGGACCGAGUUGGGUAUUGUAUAACUACGUGAUUAAGUUUGCCUACAGUUAUAAUCCUGUAUUAAAACAUUACGAGCUGUUGGGAACUCUCGACCACGUGGAGAAGUGAAAGAGGAAGAGAAGUAAGGGGGGGUUUCCCUGACUUCCUCAAUGCGCCGCGGCGUUUUGCUGUGCUGUACUGGCAAGUCCGUCUGAACUAACAGGUUGGCGCUUCAGCGUGAGUCAGCGAAUCACGGGGGACAGAAAGAGGAAGUAGUUGUAUGUGCCUUUUGUUUUGAAAUUGAGUUUUUUAGGAGGCUGAUUGCUUCCCAGCAAUAUCAUGAUCAGAAGAAAAAUCGCCAGCUACCUGAGCCCAGUCAAUACACGUUCUGUAACAUGUAGCUACAUAACAACCGAGGGAUUAAAUUUGAUGUGAAAAAGUUUACAUGUUCAAAAUGUGUAAAUUUACGGUCAGUGUUAAAUGUGUCUAGUUAAAGGCUACUGCUUGGCUUCGAGUUUUACGGAAGCUUAGUUGUAGAGUCUUUGGGUCCUGUGUUCAGUAGUUAAAUCGCCGUGGGUAUUCAAACAAAACCUGCACAAGGAGGGACAUAUUCGCGACUGCAAAAAUUACUUUGCACACAGACGUGGUGACCAUGACUUCUUUGAAAAACGUUAGUCUUUGUUUUAUGAAGACCUGCUUUUCUACUGUUGUGAAAUGUUUUUUCAUUGUAUUUCAAAUGUCUAUUUUGGUAU